CCCCCCCGCCCCCCCCCCCGCCGGGCGGUGCCGCGCGUGACGUGGCGGGAUGGCGGAGCUCUACGUGAAGCCGGGGAACCAGGAGUGCGGCUGGAACGACCCCCCUCAGUUCUCCUACGGGCUGCAGGCGCAGGCCGGGGGGCCCAGGCGGACCCCCCUCACCCGACGGGCCCCCCCUCCGCCCGCGAGGCCCCCAGGUGCCGCCCCGGACGCGGACCCGGCGCCGGACCCCGCCGCGCCCCCGCCCCGAGCGCUGGGGCCGCCCCCGGUCGGCCCUGCCAGACCCGGCCCGCGGGUGGAGGGCGGGCGGGCGCAGGCUGCAGCGAGUCCGGAGGCGUGCGAGCUGCCCGCCGACGCCGUCCUGGCACCGCUGAGGGAGGCCCUCGCCGCCUGCCGCCCCACGGUGCAGAAACAAGUGUGCGACGACAUUGGUCGGCGGCUGACAGUGCUGGGGGAUGCGUGGGCGCAGGGGAAGCUGUCGGACCCAGUGAGGAAGAGGAUGAGCUGCCUUGUGCAAGAGCUCCAGCAGAAGCACUGGGAUGCAGCUGACGAGAUCCACCGCUCGCUCAUGGUGGAUCACGUGAAUGAGGUGAGCCAGUGGCUGGUGGGGGUCAAGCGCCUGAUCGCCGAGACGAGGAGCCUGCCUGCUGCUGGGACUGAUGGCCACGCUGCCGAGGCUGAACCCAGCCACGAGGAGCCCUGAUGCCGCGGAUGGGGGCACAGACUGCGAGCAGGGUAGCCAGGGCCCAGGGUCCCCCCUGGGAGAAGGGAUGCUGCUGCCCCGAGGGGUCUGGGCACCUCCUCUGCCUCCUCGUCCUCACCCAGGAAAAGGAGAUUUUAAUCAUUGCAACAGUCAAGUGGUGAUUCACUAGAUGAUGUUUAAUAAACAGCACUGACCUGCUCCUGA